GAGACCUCCAAAUUUCCAUGUCAAGGCGGAUUGCUUCCAUGUCUCUCCCCGCAAUUAAAGGAGCCUUCCGAAAUUGUGGUAGGAUUGGUUGGUCACGACCAGGUCUAACAGCGGAGACUGGAAAGACUUUCAGCUGUACAGCGCGUGCAUCACAAGCAGCGUUGGCUUUGGCGGAGGACGACGGACCAGUCUCGUACAGCUAUGGUCUGAGUCCUGCAAGCGGCAGCUCGCGGUCGUCCCCUUUAUCACCCCUUCGCAAAAGCCCCUCCUCCUCACUUUCCACUCAAGCUUCACAAUCUUCAAAACCCUCAUCAACGGCGACGGCGACCCUUCCCGAAACGAAGCCACCAACAAGCUGGACACAACAAACCAAAGACGCGCUUGAUCUUCUCCGCAACCAAAGUCAAUAUUAUGCUAUAGUUGAGAUCAAGAAUCGACCCUACUUUGUCAACAACAAUGAUAUCAUUGUUACCAUGCGUAUGAACGACUUGCGGUUGGGAGACGUGAUAGCUUUGGACCGCGUUCGAGAGAUUGGAAGCGGGGAUUACAUAUUGAAGGGCAAUCCGUACAUUGAUCCCAAAUAUUUCACGAUUAAAGCAGUUGUAGUGGAACAUCCUGUCAGUACGGAAAUUGUGUCAGUACACAAGAAGAGGCGAGGGAGGGACAAGAUUGUCCGCAACAAUAACCACCAUACAGCCUUGAGGGUGGCAGGUAUUGAAAUCAAUAAGCCUGUAGCAUAACAUUUAAUUGCAAUCAAAUAGAAACAUCAUCUACAUCC